ACUUUUGAAAUGUAUUCGAAAACCUAGCUAAAUUCCAAAUUAUAAGAAGGCAUCGCAAAACGUGAAAAGUAUACAAUUUAACGAUAGAUUCCACGGAGAUGGUUUCCCCGCCCUCAAUUGUGGCCGCAACGCUGCUGCAAAUGUGUGGCAUCACGCUGUUCAUACGCCAGCCGCAGGAUCAGUGCUCGCCGGCGCCGAUGCUGGCCAAAUGGCUGUUCGUGCUGACUCUGCUGCUGUUGCUGUGGAGGUGCGAGAUGCUGCCAAAGCGUUACACUAGCCUCUAUCCGCGCAUCCACAUCUGUGUCGAGCUGCUGGGCACCGUCUUCAUCUCGGAGCUGGCCAUACUGAUUGGCUGGUGCAGCUACGAGCGACUCGUCCACCAGCUAAGCCAUCUGCUUUGCCCGAACUGCCGCUGGUGCGGCUACUUUACGCUCGGGAUGCUAACGCUGCUGCCGUCGGCGCUGCUGCUGUUCACUCUGGCGCCGGCACAGUGGCGCGAAUUUCUGGUGCAGCUGCUGUGGCAGCUGCCCCGGCCGGAGGCAGAUGAGUGCCUGCUGGCAUGUGCUCGCGAGCUGUCCAACUAUGUAAGGGGAUUGAUGUACUUUUGUCAGCUGAGGCGCGAGGAUCGGUUGCGUGCCAUACGCCUGUUUCAGCUGCAGGCGGAGCGUACGGCACCGCACGAGGAGCGGCAGCACUAAAAAAGUGAAAUCAAAAUCGGAAUUGGAAUCGAAAUCGAAAUCGGAAUCGGUAUCGGUAUUGGUAUUGGUAUUGGUAUCGGAAUCGUAAAUUGUUUAUUAUGCACACAAAUUUAUGCGAACAUCUGUUGUUGUUAUCCUGGCCUCUCACA